AGGCAUGAACCCAUGCGUCCACCAAACCUUAAUCAUGGGUGGGAAAUUUCUAAUUGCUUAAGCUUGGCAACAAAUUAUGUAGAAAAUAGGGAAGAUUUAGACUUUUCCUCGAAUUGGGUUUUCCUUUGACCUGUACUCUAAUUCAUUUUCUGCUUUCUUUAGCAUUCAAUAGAGUCUGCAACCACCGGCUGCAAAAAAAAACAAAGAGGCUGCAAUGGGAGUGCAUGGAAAUGUCAGCGUCUUCCUGUAUCCUGUAUCCACUAAAGUUAUGGUCACAGACAUCACAGGCAUGUCACUGAACCAUCACGACUGUUUUACAUAUUUUCUGUGUAUUUCAAAAGACCUUUACCAUUCUCUUUUUUACGGUUGACAUAGGCGUAGACGAAAACCUGAUGCGAGCAAAUCAUUGAUCUGCAAAUAGACAUGGUUGGGUGAAGUCUCUAGAUUGCUCAAGUCAAAAUUCAGAUGAAACAUCUCUCUUUCUCUGUGUUUUCUUUUCUUCUGUGGAAGUGGAAAGACCCAUUUUCCCAGAACAAAGUUGUUUUGCUCCUUUUGUAGAGGUGUUCUGCUUUAAUCAAAAGACUUUUCUGUUUGGGGCUCUUGUUUUUCUUGGUUAUCUUAGGUUGAAGGGCUCUCUGCAAGUUUGGCACUUCAUUUGGUGGUCACCAAGAGGGAGUUCUGGUAUCUGGAUUAUCUUGCCUCUUUGAGCACUGUUUCUUUAUUUGGCUGCUGUUUUCAUUUAUGAAGAUUCCUUUUCGAGAAUUGGAGUUAUCAUUAAGUGUAAGGAACUGGGGUUUUGAUGAGAAAGAAGAUUAUGCAAUCUGAUUCUGGACAUGAUUCUUUGAGCCGUUGUUUGCUUGUUAUCUUGCUCAUUUACGGGAAAGCUGCAAGGGAAAUACUCUGUUACGGGAAAUUCUACUUGGAGCUAGAUAAGAUUUGAGGGGAAAUUUUAGCAGUUUUCAAGAUUGCAGAAAUAGGAGUCUUUCUUGGUAGGGUUCCAACAAUAUAAAGUUUGCUCAUUUUGCAUAUUCUGAGUCUUAGAGGGUUCGAGUUCGAAUCCAUUCAAUUCUGUUAAAUUGCUUCCAAUUCUGAGUUCUAUCAAUUCGCCUUCUUCUGGUGUCAGGAGUCAGGAUACUCAUCUUUUGAAUGGGAACCGUCCCUGAAGGAGUGGAGAAUUUGCCUUAUCCUCGUACCUUUAAGGUACAUCGCAAGAUGUGCACAGAACUGAUGAGGUUGGUUGAUAAAAUAGUAAGCAUCUUUCCAGAAAUAGAGUCAGCUCGACCAAGAUGCUCUACGGGUUUACAGGCAUUGUGCUCAUUGAAUAAUGGAAUUGACAAAGCGAAGUUACUUCUGCAGUACUGCAGCGAGUCCAGUAAGCUCUAUCUGGUGUGUAUCUUUGUUAUCAAUCAACUAUUCUCUGAGUUUUCUAUGUAGGGGACAAUAUGUAUACUCCAUUCUUUUCGCUUUUAUUGCAUUGUUAUUUCCACAUUCACCAAGAGCAGCCAAGUGGCGUUUUAUUUACUACUAGUACUGAGUUGUUUCUGUUAAAAAAAAAAAAAAAUUGGU